UUCAUGGAGAACCAGUACCCGGAUGAGUCGAAGAGAGAAGAGAUAGCCAACGCCUGCAACUCUGUCAUCCAGAAACCAGGCUGCAAGAUCUCUGAGUUUGAGCGAGUGACUGCGCUGAAAGUGUACAACUGGUUUGCAAACCGUCGGAAGGAGAUGAAGAGAAGAGCGAACAUCGAAGCUGCCAUUUUGGAAAGCCAUGGCAUUGAGGUGCCAAGUCCCAGCUGCCACUCCAACGGUGAGGAGGGAGAGAUGCAGGAGUUCAGCGAUCAGGUGAACCAUCGCUUCUCAGAGCAGGUAACUCACCUCUGUGUGACGUGAGGAGAAACAAAAAACAGACGAGUAGCAGGAUAAUGUAGUUUAUCUUGUUGAGGUGACUGUCUGGAAAACAAAUGCACUUCCAAAGUAGGACUUCCCGGUUUGGAACAAAUAACUACCGUAAUUUCGGACUAUAAUCCGCGCCUUUUUCCCCAUUUUUCGACCCUGCGGUUUAUAUAACGGUGCGGCUAAUCUAUGGAU